AUGUUGACAACAGCCCCCCACCUCUACCUCCGCCGCCCCUCCCCAACAACCGCCGAAUUCACAGUCACCACCUGCCCACCCCUGACCCUCCCCCUCCGCCUCUGCCUCCUCGCCAUCUCCCUCCUCCGCGUCGCCAUCUUCACCGCAGCCACGACGACAAUCUACUCCCGCUUCUUCCACGAUCCCUCCCGUCCCCCACCACCAAUCCCAAUAUCGCUGCCUGACCUCCUCUACCAAGGCGACAUCCUCCUCCUCGCCUCCCACCUCCUCCAAACCCUCCACUCCUCGCCACCCGGCCAAUUCCUCGCCUCCAUCACCGCCCCCCUCUCCAACUCUGCCCUGGCAGUCAUCGCCUCAGUGAUCACCUACUUCACCCUCUGCACCCAGCUCCACACCACCGAGUCCCUUCUUGUUCUCCGGGGGCUGGGCAUCCAGACUUCGACCAGUUCGUCAUCGUUUAGUAGCCCGAUUCCAAACACGUCGGAUGUGAGUAAUAGGUGGAGGGGGUGGAAGUGGUGGUUUUGGGGGACGACGCCGACAAAGACAAGGUUUAUUCCUACGGAAAAGAUACGGGAUGUGUUGAUCAAUGAGGCGUUUAGGGGGUUUGAGGUUAGGUAUUAUCUUAUUGUUAUUGUCGAGGGGGAGGAGGAUGUUGUUGUUGUUUUUCCUAAGCUGUUGCCAGGGAGGAGGAUUGUCGAGGAGGUAUGGAGGGGGGUGAGGGGGUGUUUGUAUGAGGGUGAUCCGAAUCAUCAGAGUUUAGGGGGAAGUUGGGGGCAGACGGCGACGUUGGGGAGGAAGGAUAGUUGA